AGCUGAGACGCUUCAGAAACGCACGUUUUAUUUUUUGCGAACGCUCAGAGCGAAAUUUUCGAUUGCGCCUGUAACGCUUUUCUUGUUCGAUCUUGACACAUUUACAAUUUCGUUGCCGCCGUCCAUUUUUCAUCACCGACAAAUUGAUGUGUAACCCGAUCGGAACACAUUCAGUUUCUGAUUUAGGCAUCGACGCGCGUUAAGAACAGUCGUGCAAGAUGUCGCUGAAGAACGACGGGCUGAAAAUAUUUUUGAUGAGCGCUGGCGCGCUGACGCUUUCGAGCUUGGCCUUGGUGUGGUACAAGCGAAACAAAAAGCUGAGAGACGAGCUGAAACUGCGCGAAAAGGUGCUGUCGAGCCCGGACACGUCGUGGAAGAAGGUGGCCAAUGUCUGCCGGCUGUUCUGCUAUCCCUUGAAGUCGGGCAAGGGAAAGUCCGUGAAAGAGUGCUUCUUCGGCGAGUACGGCAUUUCCAUCGACGGAGGGGAUCGCUACAUCGAAGACAGGAUGUUCGUCGUUUUCGACGAAAAUACGAGGAAAUUCGUGACGGGUCGCAGUCAUCCAAAGCUACUGCUGGUCGAGUGUAGCUUCGUGAAUCUCAAUCGAGCGAGGUUCGAAGCAGACGACGUGCGACCUUUAGAGUUCGAUCUACCGGAUUAUGAUUCUCUACCGGUUCCUUUCAUCAUGUGGUUCGGUGAACGUGUCAAUGGUAUCGAUUGCGGUUCCGAACCUGCCAGGUGGCUCUCAAGAUACCUGAACAACACAGAGUCUGGAUUGAGGGUGGCUCUGCGCAUUCCUCAGAACCGUCGAAUGAUUACGGAGGGAGCCUGGGAACCCUGGGCCAAAGUUUAUCCUAAUAUGAGAAAUGAAGAUUCGGGUCUAUUCUCCGAUUUGGCCAGCUACAUGCUGCUGUCAAAUGAGUCGGUUUUCGAUUUAAAUCAGCGAAUGUCGAGACCUAUACCAGCUUUACAACUACGGCCAAAUAUCGUCGUGGAAGGUUGCGAGGUUCCUUACGCAGAGGAUGACUGGGAGUGGAUUAAAAUUGGGGACCAAGCGAUUAUACGGCGGUUCAAGCUAUGCACGAGGUGUUCAAUGACGAGAGUGGACCCCGAUACAGGAGUGCCCGAUCCUUCGUACGAAACACUGAAAACAUUGAAAUCUUACCGCAAAAUAAAGGACAACGUCUUGGAUACGGUGGAAAAGAAUGCUCCGACAAUUGGCAUCUAUUGCGGCCUUUAUCGCCCUGGAACGGUUCGCGCCAACGACAAUGUUUACGUCUACCAAGGUUGAACAACGUCAAUACCUGCCUCUUGAUCGCAUUUUUGCUCUUCCUAUUCUAUAUUAUAAGCAUCGAAUGCAAAGAAAAAUUCAAUUUUUCAUGUUAUUAUUUUUAUUGUACUUUUAUUACGUUUGUACAUCUAGUAUUUAACGAGACUAAGGAUCAAUUGCAUUGUACAUCGCAUUUGAGAUACGUAAAGAAUAAGUUUUGUACAAAU